AAUGUCUUAGAACACCAUAUAAAAUGAAAGGAUCAGAUAAUAUUAAAAAGUACAUUAAAUCUAAAAGGAGUAACUCCAACAUUUAGUCUUUAAAUAAUCUUAUUCCAUUAAAUCUGUAACAUAUACAUCAUAUAUAUAGGCUUCUAAACUCUUAAACAUAAAAUAUGCUACUGCAAAAUCUAUUAUAUCUAAAAUUCGAAAAUUGAAAAUAAAAAAAUACUUAUACCUCAACAAAAAAUUGGGGUAGUGUUAAUUUAAAAAAGUUGAAUUCUCCAAACCAUAAUUAGAAAUUCAAUCUUUAGUGUCAGGAACUUUGAUUAGUUCAUGUAAAUACUAUUUAUAUUGA